AUGGAAAGCGAAGUUGGUGAGAGAUUCUCUGAGUUUUUUGAGAAGUGGGUAUGUCAACUUGAUGAGUAUCUAAAACUGCUCCUGAGGGUAUCAACAGAGAGUGUUGUUCAUGACGUUUGUGAUCAGUCAGAGCUACAAACUUUGGCGUCAAAAGUGACACAGCAUUACAAAGACUACUUCAGUGUCAAAUGGUCUUUAGCCCAUGAAGACGUGCUUGCAAUUAAUGCAUUUUCAUGGGUUACUGGAUGGAAACCUUCAACAAUAUUUGAAAUCAUUGACUCAGUAAGGAAAAAUCGAGUUCCUGGGUUGAGUCUUGCCGGGCUGACACAGGAACAGCUGAGAAAGAUUGAGGAGUUGAGGGUCAAGAUAAGGUUACAGGAGGAGAAGGUGGAGAGGGAAAUGGAGAGGCAACAGAUGGCUAUGGCAGAUAGGAAGAUGUUGGAGUUGGCAAGGUUCACAGGUCGAGUCCAGGAUAGUGAAACAAUGGAUAGGGUUGACGGGUUGGUGGAGGUGGCAUUGAAAGGAGUAAUGGCAGGACUAGAGAAGGUUAUGAAAGCAGCAGACUGUGUUAGGCUUAGGACUUUGAAGGGAGUUUUGGAUGUUUUAAGUCCAUUGCAGUGUGUUGACUUCUUGGCUGCAACUAGCAUGCUCCAAAUUCAGCUAAGGAAAUGGGGAAAGAAAAGGGAUAGUAUUAGCAGGAAGGAGUAG